UCUCUAUAUCAGGAAAUGAAGAGUCAGGGAAUCGAAGAAAAUCAUCUGCGAUUGUUACGGGAUGUCAGUGGUGCUUUCAGGCCUGGUAUUCUAACAGCACUAGUUGGUGUCAGUGGUGCUGGAAAGACCACAUUGAUGGAUGUGUUAGCGGGGAGAAAGACCGGAGGGUAUAUUGAAGGAAACAUAAGCAUUUCUGGUUACCCAAAGAAUCAAGAAACUUUUGCUCGAGUCAGUGGUUAUUGUGAACAGAAUGACAUCCAUUCACCAUUUGUUACUGUCCAUGAAUCUCUCUUAUACUCUGCCUGGCUGCGUCUUUCUAAGGAUGUGAAGACAGAAACAAAACAGAUGUUUGUGGCAGAAGUUAUGGAUCUUGUUGAGCUCAAUACCUUGAAAAAUGCUCUAGUUGGACUUCCAGGAGUAAAUGGUCUUUCAACUGAACAGCGAAAGAGGCUCACCAUUGCUGUUGAGUUGGUUGCUAAUCCCUCCAUCAUCUUUAUGGAUGAGCCCACAUCAGGCCUUGACGCAAGAGCUGCUGCAAUUGUCAUGCGUACUGUGAGGAACACGGUGGACACAGGGCGAACUGUCGUCUGCACCAUUCAUCAACCGAGCAUAGAUAUCUUUGAAGCUUUCGAUGAGCUUCUAUUGAUGAAGAGAGGAGGGAAUGUGAUAUAUGCUGGACCUCUCGGUCGCCAUUCUCACAAACUUGUUGAAUAUUUUGAGGCUGUUCCGGGGGUUCCUAAGAUUGCAGAGGGUUACAAUCCAGCUACUUGGAUGUUGGACGUCAGCUCUACUUCAGUUGAGGCACAACUUGAUGUUGACUUUGCAGAAAUUUAUGCCAAUUCUGGCCUCUACCAGUAUGUUUAUAGACAGUACUGAGUCCUUUACACUUUAUCACUGUCUCUCUCUCUCUCUCUCGUUAUCCCAAUAUGGUGGAGGUGGUACUAUUGGUGUUCUCCAGUUGCCUGGACAAUCUAUGGCAUUUUCACAUCACAAGUGGGUGACAAGACCAGUCCUCUUACUUUGACUGAUGGAUCAGGCACUACAGUGAAGGAAUUCCUUAAAAGCAGCAUGGGUUUUGAUUAUGACUUCCUCAUUCCUGUAGUAUUUGCGCAUGUUGGUUGGGUCCUCCUCUUCUUCUUCGUCUUUGCUUAUGGCAUCAAGUUCCUCAACUUCCAAAGGAGAUAGAGAAACUUCAUUCUACUCUGAACACUGUAAUAGAAUUUUUAGAUAUUAUUUCAAAGAUGAGUGCAAACUAGUUUAGUUUAUGAGAGAGGUGAAAAGAAAACCAUAGCCUCUCUUGGUUUUUUCUUUUCUGUGGUUUUUUUGUGUGGAUUCCUUUUUAGCAUAUUUAUAUCUAUUCGUUGAAUGUAAUUUUCCCAAAAAGUUCUCUGUUGUACCUUAUGGUCAAUAUUUAAUACAAGUUGCUUCUGUCAA